AUUGGCUGAGCUUCCCGUAACGUGUCACAGUGAGAUCCGGAUGUGACGGACUGGGAGAAAAUCUGUGUAAAACAUUUUAAAAUGCAGAUUUAAACUCCCGGACUCGGUCUUUAAGCGGCGGAUUCAUCAUGGAGAAUAUUCAAAAUCUCCCCAUCGACAUCCAGACCAGCAAGCUGCUGGACUGGCUGCUGGAUCGACGCCACUGUAACCUGAAAUGGCAGAAUGCUGUGAAGGUGAUCCGAGAAAAGAUCAACGCCGCCAUCCAGGAUAUGCCUGAGAAUGAGGAGAUCAAGCAGCUGCUCUCCGGCUCCUACAUUCACUACUUCCACUGCUUGAGGAUAGUGGAGAUACUGAAAGGAACUGAAGCCUCAUCUAAAAACAUCUUUGGCAGAUAUUCUUCUCAGAGGAUGAAGGACUGGCAGGAGAUUGUCUCCCUGUAUGAAACAGAUAAUGUCUAUUUAGCGGAGGUGGCCAGCCUGCUGAGCCGGAACGUGAGCUACGAGGGCCCGGCUCUGAGGAAGCAGCUGGCCAAGGCUCAGCAGCUGCAGCAGGAGCUGAGCAGGCGGGAGGUGGAGUGCCAGAGCUCUGCUGCAGACCUGAGGGAGCGCUACUACGCCGCCUGCAAGCAGUACGGCAUCACGGGGGAGAACGUCCCUCGAGAGCUUCAGGCUCUGGUGAAAGAUUUGCCGUCGGUCCUGGACGGCGUCGGCAGGGAUGCAGCCAAGCUGGAGGAACAGAUCCAGCUCUACUCUGCUUUCACUAACUUUGUGUGUGACUGGUCCGAAGCGGUGCUGCCCAUGCUGACGUUCGCCCAGAAAAAAGGGAACGCCACCUUCUACGAGUGGAGAACAGGGAAGGUGCCGUCAGUGGUGGAGCGUCCGGCGGUGGAGGAAGCUCCUCCUGAUUCCAUCACCGAGGACACGAUCGACUGGGGUGACUUUGGUAAGGGGGCGGAGACUGCGGGUGUGACAGGAGUCAUCACGAUGGAGGACGGGAUCGACUGGGGCAUCAGUGUGGAGCCCGGCUCCGAGGACGCCGGUGCAGACGGGAUCGACUGGGGCGACGGUCCAGCGGCUCCUCUGGAAAUCGAAGUGGUGGACGCCGGCUCGGACUGUCCGGAGGGCGUGGCGAGGGGGGAGGACGCGCUGAGCCUGCUGGAGAACUCGCAGUCUCGCAGCCUGUUCAUCGACGAGCUGAUGGAGCUGGAGGUGUUCCUGUCGCAGCGGGUCAGUGAGAUGGCCGACGAGGGCGACGUGGUCUCCAUGAGCCAGUUCCAGCUCGCCCCCUCCGUCAUCCAGGGCCAGACCCGCCAGCACGUCCGGGACCUGCUGUCCCAGGUCCAGGACCUGCUGGGCCGGCUCACCUCGCUCCGCAUGCAGCACCUGUUCAUGAUCCUGGCCUCGCCACGGUAUGUGGAGCGCGUGUCGGAGAUCCUGAGGCAGAAGCUGAAGCAGGCAGACAUCCUGGUGCUGAAAGGAGCCACGAUGGCUGAGAGGAGGCAGGAAGCCCUGCAGGAGCAGUCCCGGCUGGAGCCUCGAGUCGACCUGCUGGCAGGAUGCACCCGGGAGCUCCAGAAGCUGAUUGAAGCAGACAUUUCAAAGCGAUACCACAACCGGCCAGUCAACCUGAUGGGAGUCACCAUUUAACCGUGCCGCCACGGUUUCCAUGGAGAAAUAAAAUAUGAUUUUUAAUUAAAACGGUUGUCUUUGUGUAUUGUUUACAUUUUCACUGAGUUAUUUGUAUUUUUUUUAACAUCGAGAACCAAUUUCAGACAUUUUGGCCAAAUUUGUUUCUAUGGCUUCAUCAACUUGUUUCAAAUUUCUCUCCCUGGAAUUUAAUGUUAAAGCACUGCCCCUCACAACAGAACGCUUCUAUUUAGUUUUGUAGUUUUGUCAGCAUUUUGUAUUUCAUAUUUCAGUCCUGCAGAUGUUAAUCGGUUAUUUUGGCCAUUCUUUGUUUUUAGUUAGUUACUUUUAUGUUAAAUUUUCAAGUUGUGUAAGUUUCUGUCGGUGUCUGCUGCUGUUUCAACUCAGAACCAUGCUGUGCCUUCUUUUGGUCUUUUUUUUCAUCAUUUAUAUUGUUUUUUAUGAUCCAGUGUUGUUUUCAGGUUUUAAAUUCUCCUUGUUUGAUUGUUUCUCCUCUUUGCCUGAUUUUGUAGUUUUAUUUAAACGUGUUGUCUUGUGUGUUGUGAUCAUUUUGAGUCGUUUCGCGCCCCCUGGUGGUCAUAUUGUGUCCUUUUUUACUUCUCGGGGUUUAAAGGGCAUUUUGAACUUCUUGGCUGUUUUAUAUCGCAUUGUGAUUGUCUUUGUCUCCUUUCGGUCAUUUAUACAUAAGUUGAGGUUAUUUAGUAUUUUUAAUUUAUAUGCAAUGUUAUUUAACGUCUCGUCCUUUUAUUUUUUGAUUUAAAUGUUUUGCAUUUUAUAUCACUUUGCAUUUUACUGUCCUUUUGUUGGCAUUUCACGUCAGUGAUCCUCUUUUUUAUUUGCUUUUUUGUGCUA